GGCAGGACGAGGACGCGGCGGCGGCGGCGGGACGUGGGAGCGGGCGGACGCGGCGGCGGGACACAUGCGCGACAGGACGUGGGCACGACGGCGGACGCGGCAGGAUCGACAGGACGCGGGCGCGGCAGGAGCUUGGGGCUAGCGUUGACGAGCAGCUCAGAGUGGCGGCCCAUCCGGCGAAAUGCCAGGUUACACAUGCCCAAAAUGCGUCUGUCCCGCAUUGGACACACUAGCUGACCUAAAUGAAAAAACGGACACGAAUGCCCGCUCGGCCGAUUCAAAUAGACAAAAAAUGGACAAAAUCCGCGCCCGUUUGGUUCACUGUGUUGGAGUUGCUCUAAUCGAACAAGGCCGCGGUUUAUUCAUGCUAGUUUUCCGAAUCACAAAAAAAAAGCUUAAAACCAUUGAUGAUUUUCUGUGUGCUCUGAUUUUUUUUCUGUGUGCACUGAUGGGAGCAUGCUGAGGAGAGCAGGCGCGCCUCUCGUUUCCAUCUAACUCUCGCACACCACAGCGACGGCCCCGGCCCGGAGGCACACAUAUGCUGUGAUGAUUCUCAUCGCAAUUCGCAACCACCUCUUCGACCUCGAUGUCGUCAGCGUGGCGCCGCUCGGUAAGGCGCCGCGCGCCCGUGAGCGAGCGGGAGGAGGGCCGGCGGGAGCUGGGCCGUAGGGUGGAGGAGCUGGAGGAGGCGGUCGAGGGGCUUCGUGGGGAGAAGAACGCGGCGGAGGCAGAGGAAGCGGCGCUGUGCGCUGAGCUGAACGCGGAGCGCGGCGCGGCGGAAUCCGCGGCGCGCGAGACCAUGUCGAUGAUCGAGCGGCUUCAGCGGGAGAAGGCGGCCGCGCUCCUGGAAGCGCGCCAGUUCCGCCGGCUGGCCGAGGGACGCGUCGAGCGCGACCGGCAGCUCCACAACGAGCUUGCGUCGUUGUCGGCCCUCGCCGGCGGCUACCUCGCCCUCCUCCACGCCCACGGCAUCGGCCCCGCUGACGAGAACUGUUACCAUGACCAUGAGGAGGAGCGUCCCGUAGAAGUAGAACACGUCGAACCGAAGGUCGACAGGGAGAGUACCGGCGAGAGCGUCGUGGUGGUCAAGAAGUCGGUCCCGCCGCCUCCCGCGGAGGAGCUGGAGUGCACAAAAGACAUGGGGUGCGCGGCCGCGUCGAAGUCCGUGGCUGUGGAGUGCACGGAAGAGGAGCGCGUGGACGGUGCGCCGGACCUGUACGCGAGGGUGGGGGCGCUGGAGGCGGACAGGGCGGCCACACGGAGGGAGGUGGCGGCGCUGCGAGCCGAGCCAGCGCGAGCGGUGCUAGCAAGGGACAUGGCACGGCGCCUGUGCCGUGAAUCCGCGGCCGUCACGACGGUGCAGAAGCCGCGCUUCUCCGUGCUCGCCAUUUGCAAGUGGUUCUUCCCCAUGAUCCUAAGGAGCAAGAGAUGUUUUACGGCCAGGUCCGCGCAGGUGGCGCUCCUAACCAAAAAUGUUCUUCUGUCUUUCAGUCGCAGUUUUCACAAGACGCAAAAAACGUUUCCUGAAUCUCUCACGCUGACGCUUGGCUUCUCGUCGGCGCUGCUCGGCAUGCUUCUACUUCUAGAGAGAUUCACGGCUGCACUGCAUCGCCGCCGGCGGCGGUCGUUGUUGGGAUCAUAGCAGCUGUUGAUAGGCUAUCGGUCCUGCAACCAAAAGCGUGUGAUUCAAGCACGUCUUCUAACUUACACAUUUGAAGUGUCGCGUAAACAAUAAUCCGUACAUGCAGUUUUUUUUUAAUGUUGGUAGGAGAGCUCGCUGCAUCA